CCGGAAUUUGCACCGCAUUUCGUCUGUACGGCGGCGCGUGGCCACGGACUAUCACUAGAGGAGAGGAGAGCACACCCGAGUUCACAGUUUCAGUCUCAGUUGUUACAGCCUUUGCCUGGAAGGACCAAGAAGAAGAAGAACAGUAUACGUGCCACACAAGCCAAGAGAAGAUGGGGCGCGGGAGGACGGAGAUGAAGAAGAUCCAGAACGAUGUGUCACGGCGGGCCACCUUCGGCAAGCGCCGCCGCGGCCUGCUGAAGAAGGCGCACGAGCUCGCCGUACUCUGCGGCGUCGACCUCGGCCUCCUCGUCUUCGACGACGACGGCGCCGGCAAGCUGUUCGACUACUGCGCCCCUAACACAAGCUGGAGCGAGCUAAUUGAGCGCUACGAGAGCAUCACCAAACACCAGUUCCAGUUCCAGGGCCAGGGGAUACAUCAUGAUGAUCAUCAGCAGCAACCGUCGGCGGAUAUCAUCGCAGGGCUGAGGCGUGAGGGUGACCAUCUGGAGGCCAGCGUGACGAGGCAGACCGGAGAAAACCUGUCAUCCACUGCGACGGCGGCGGAACUCGACGAACUGGAGCAGCGGCUGGAGUGCGUGCUGGGUAAAGUCCGUGAAACGAAGGACAAGUUGCUGGAGCAGCAGUUGGGCGAAUCACACCACAAGGUGCACAUCUUGGAGGACCAGAACAGCUUCCUUCGCCGCCUGGUAAUUGUGAAUGACAUCGCUGCCUGCCUGCUGAGCUGCUAUGUAUACUGGCUUCCUGAAUGUGUCUUCACUCUUUGUCAGAUGGGCGAGGAGGGGCAGCAACGUGCUGCUGUGGAGGCGUCCGCGGUGCCGCCGAAGCUACCGGAGGUGGAGGAGGAGGAAUUGACGACGCUGCGGCUGUGGCCGCGGCAGCUCCCCGACGUGUAAGGCAUAGGCCUCAAGCCCAGCCUGCAACUCUCCAUACUUGAGUUGCCUGUGUGCAUGUGGCUGCGGGUUGCUUGGAUCGAUCACGCCUUAUUUUCAGGAAGUCCUUUGUGAUAGUUGAUAACCUCGGGACGAGACUUGAGGAACCGGUAGAACUCCUCGUCCGGCGGAGAUACUCCACGUAGCCUCGCCCGCUCUUGAGGUGUAAAGUCUGCAAAAAAGCCGUAUUUCUUUUGCACAGACGAGGAGUGGUGUGAGUCGAGUUCCUCGACUCUGGCCUUGAACAGUUGAAACCGCAUGGCCUUCUCUUCCUCGUCGAAGUAUGUUUUGUUGUACUUCUUCAUCCAGUCCUCGAACUCCGCCUCCA